AUGCAAGAAGCUUUGUCCUAUAGAACCACCGGUAUCGCCGCCGCAACUGGCGGAUCCUCCUCCGCCACCCGGCUACUGCCGCCGGGUCAUGAAAAACCCGCCAGUGUACCCAAGCUGGUGGCGGAUAAUGCGGUGAUAGCCUUUGGGAGAAGCGGUUGCUGCAUGUGUUUUGUGGUGAAACAAUUGUUGUUGGGCCACGGCGUUAAUCCCGUUAUUCACUUUGUUGAUGAGGAUGACGAAGCCGCCGUCCUCGGCGAACUGUCGAAAAUCGGCGGCGGCGGCGCAAGCUUGCAAAAAAGGUUGUUACAGUCUUACAGAACUUAUUCAUAG